AUGCCGCCACGAGGAAGCGAGGGGCUUGACUUUACACCGAUACUUACCCACUAUCUCUUUCUCUUCACAACCAUCCUUGCAGUGAUAGGAUGGUUUCUAGCAUUCAUUGCCCAGGCAAUAGCGACUGCACAGCACGGCAACGGUAACGUCGGCGUGCUAUGGUUCUCCAUCUUCGUUCAGCUCUUCCUCAUCCUGGGUGUCCUGCACACUCUCGCGACUGACUCCAUCGCGAUGCACCGCUUCCAAAUUUCCGUCUUCGGCGCUGUCGCUAUCGUCUUCGCUGUCAUCGGCGUCAACCAGGGCAUCUUCUCUGGUUUCGCCUCCCUCAACGCGAUGGCUGCUGGCUGGCUCAUCCUCGCCAUAGUCGACAUCCUCUGGGUGCUCUACUUCACCUCAGAAGAGGACUCCCUGGCUCUCCACAUAUUCAACGCACUUGGCACUGGCGGUCUCACUUCCCCAUCGCGCCGCCGGAGGAUGACGCGCACGACAUCAAUGCAUAACAUUGGCCCAGGAAACGGAUACCAGGCCGGCUACGCCACUACACCAUCCGGCGGUAUCAUGCCUGGCUACGAUACCAAAAUGUCCGGAAGCCUCGGCGGUCCAAUCGGGGGCGGCAACAGCUAUAAUGCAGGCAGCAUGGAGGGUGCAACAAGGAGCGUCGUUGGGACGGGUAGCAUUCACAAUGUUCCUGUUACCGGCGGUCCCGGCUCGAUAGGGGCUGUAGACCACAAUGCGACUGCGAACACUCCGCUGAUGGGCAGCGGUGCUGCAGGUGUUGGUGCCGCAGGCGGCGGAAGUGGACAGGGCAGCCCAGACCCUGUCGAUAAUCCCAUUAGUCCAGAUAUGUACAGAGCGAAAGCACUAUAUGCAUACACCGCCUCCGUCGAUGAUCCAAACGAGAUAUCGUUCUCGAAGGGUGAAACGUUGGAGAUCCUGGACAAGCAAGGGAAGUGGUGGCAAGCGAAAAAAUCGGAUGGCACAGUAGGAAUCGCGCCGUCGAAUUACCUGCAGGUCAUCUGA